UUCUAUGAUGUUGUCCUCCUCGCUGCUUUCCGAAUUCAUUCGUGAUUGAUUGCUGAACUCAUUCUGUUUUGUACUUUGAAAUCGCCAUUCCUUUUUGGUGAUUCAUUUGUUUUUGAACUUUCUGUUUGGAAUUUUGGGGAUUUUCAGAUUGCAGAAUUUGAUUUUUCUGCUCAAUGAGCUAUCCAAAUGGGAUCAUUGGUGCACAAGGAAAGCAGCCUCUGGUUUCUUUUGGGGUGAUAUCAGAUGUCCAGUAUGCUGACAUUCCAGACGGACGCUCAUUCUUAGGUGUUCCCCGCUAUUAUCGGCACAGCCUGCUUGUGUUGCAAAGAGCAGUGCAGAGUUGGAACAAGCAGAAGCUGCCAUUUGCCAUUAAUUUUGGGGAUAUUGUUGAUGGCUUGUGCCCAAAAGUCCAGUCUCUGACUGCAACUCAAAAAAUUGUCAAUGAAUUUAAUGCGUUUGAUGGCUCGGUGUAUCACAUGAUUGGCAACCACUGUCUCUAUAAUCUUCCUCGUGACAAAUUACUUCCUCUAUUGAACAUUACUGGUUGUGACAGUCGUGCCUAUUAUGAUUUUUCUCCAAUACCAGAAUUCCGAUUUGUAGUCCUUGAUGGGUAUGAUGUAAGUGCAGUGGGGUGGCCUGAGAAUCAUCCCAGCGCAGUUCAGGCCAUGAAAUUUCUUAAGGAGAAGAAUCCAAAUUCUAACAAGAACAGUCCAAAUGGACUUGUGGGGACGGAUAGAAGGUUUCUCAUGUUUAAUGGUGCAGUAGGAAAAGAACAGAUGGAAUGGUUGGAUUAUACGCUUAACAAUGCGACAAAGUUACACCAGAAAGUGGUGAUAUGCUGCCAUCUUCCAUUAGAUCCCAGUGCAUCGUCUCCGGAAUCAUUAUUAUGGAAUUAUGACGAAGUGAUGGAAGUUGUGCAUCGAUACAAUUGUGUAAAGGCCUGUUUAGCUGGCCAUGCACACACAGGUGGUUACUCUGUGGACUCCCGAGGUGUGCACCACCGUGUUCUCGAAGCUGCCUUGGAAUGCCCUCCAGGAACCAGUGCUUUUGGACGUGUUGAUCUUUUCCACGACAGUUUGUCUCUCAUUGGAAUGGAUAGAAUGGAUAGUCAGGAAAUGGUCUUCAAUUAGAUGCAUCAAAUGUAUUGUAUGAUCUAUUCUCGUUGCUCCUUAUGCUAUUAUAAUUUCCAUUAUCUUCAGAACAGUUUGGUUAUAUUCAAGAAAGAUUCGUCAAAGGUUCGCAGUGCCCUAUUAUACAUAAUGAUUAUAUUAGUACCUGUGGAUGCAGCAAUGAUCUGUACACCGGUUUCUUUUCUUUGCUUAGGCAAUUUGAUUUAUACCAAAGCUGGAGCUUCUGAGUGGAAGAUACUCGAUUUUCUAUCUCACCUACAACAAAGAGGAAUUCUAGUACGAUGGAUUAGUAGUCUUUCGUCAUGAUAAGUCUGAUUUCACCUCUCUCUUUAUGUAGUUUACUUAGAUCUUGUCUUCAUCUAUGCACUUGAUCAUGCUUGUCUUUCUAUUUAUUACAUAAUUCUUGCUGCUACUUAUAUUCUUGACAAGUCAUUUUAGCAGAUCCUUUACUCCUCAUUGUUAAAUAAAUAUCUCACCUAGAUCAUUGAAUAGUUCUUUAUAUUAAAUUCUUCCAACUUGUCCUUAAUCUGCAAUAUUUUCUACAUUCUGACGUUAGCAAACUAUCUUGUAGUUAAUUGUAUUUGUUUUUGACUUGGAGUAUUUUUGGUAUAUUGGCCUAUUUUGAAUUUGAACUUUUUUAACAAAAACAAAGAUUUUGAAGAAGAGAAAUAGGUUCCGGAUGUUAUGUUUGUAAUAGAACAUACAUAUUGGAUAUGAUCUUUCUAGGAGAAAAUUGUACUUUUUUAUGAUAGAUGGCAUAUUGCUAAAUAAAUAAAACAUAGAAAACACAACCAAACAGUCCUACAAAUUCUAUUCCUUUUCUUUAUAUUGGUGAGCUGCCUUUUGAAUAAUUAAGCAGGUGAUGGCAGCAUGUUUAUUUUAUCAAUUUAUUCAAUUGAUAACAGGUCACAUGGUAGAACUUUGAUAGUAUUGUUGACUUUAGGAAAAUGACAGGUACCUUCUCACUUGCAUAAAGUUUAGACUAUGUGUAACUUCUUAGCAAGCUUUCGGUAUAAAUAUAAGAAUAAAAUUCAAUCGAAAUGAAAGUGAUUUGACUUGGGAAGUAAAUCAUCCCUAUAUUCAUAUAAUUACAAAAGAAUAGAGAAUUAUUCUCAAUUUUGGUUCCUAAUACAUCAAAUUACCAGAUGCCCAGAUCAUUACCUCUGAUCAAAAGUCAUGGUUCAAGAUAUGACCUUUAAACAUACAUAGAAAUUUGUGAUUACUUUUGAACAAAGGGAUAAAAUCACUUUCCAAACGAAACUAUGAUUUACCAUUAAUUUACAGUGCUUUUCCUGCAGACAAGGAAGAUAAUUCUAAGUCUCUUAUGUGAAUAUGUGGUUUAGAGAUAAUGGAACUAAAAUAUCGAAAUUAUUACCAGCAUUUGAGGAAUAACCAAAUCUGUGUAUUGAAUUAUUUAAAUGGGAAUUUCAGUCGAUUAGGAUUCUGAUUUCCAUCAAUAAACCAAAGGCCUGAAUGUUUAACGAUGUUUAGGCAAUAGAAGUUUUGGCUAUGGAUUAAUAUUUUUGUUCAUGUAAGCUUGAAAGUUCCUAUGUUCUUCAUUUUUCAUUCAGGCAUCAACGCUAGCUAGAAAUUUCUCUUGUUAAGUAAUUUUUUGAAUUUUAUCUCGAGUGAAAUAUACCAAAAAAUUUUGGCUCUUAAAUCUUAAUAUCCAGUUCAUAACUUCUCAAUCCUACAAUAUAAUUUGCAGCUCAUCAUGAAGUCCUUGAGUUAGUUCAAUAAACUAGUUUAAGCUUUGUCGGAUGUCGUGGAGAGAGGCAGUUGUCUAUCCCUCCUAUCAAUUUUGUGUUCGGUACACUUUCUCAAAUGAGGAAAAAAUAGCUUGAGCUAUAUAGACUAUAAUAGCAAAAUCUUGAAAAAUUAAAAACCAGUUUGUUUAACAUGUUACCGAAAGCGUAGACACACCAAC